GGAUUUUAAAAAACCCCGCCUCGCAGGAGGUUUCCCCGAUAUCGGUAGUUCAGUUCUAAACAUACUUAGCUCUACAGCUGAAAUGUCGCCUUUACUCCCCUUGGAAACGACGACUUGGUUGGGAUGCGUUAGUGUCACUGUGAAGUAUUAGUUUGUCGAGGAUUACUGAAAUUUGGAUUCACGUUCCUCGGGUUUUCAAAAUAUAUUUUGCAUAAGAAAUAUUGAACUGAACAAAAUUACCAUGAAAUUAAAAAGAAAAGUGACGUCUUAUGGUAUUGACGUGUUAUGAUAAUGACGUCUUAUGGUAGUGUUGUGUUAUGAUAAUGACGUCUUAUGGUAGUGAUGUGUUAUGAUAAUGACGUCUUAUGGUAGUGACGUGUUAUGGUAGUGAAAUGUUACGAUAAUGACGUCUUAUGGUAGUGACGUGUUAUGGUAAUGCCGUUUUAUGGUAGUGACGUCUUAUGACAGUGUUAUGGUAAUGCCAUCUUAUGGUAGUGACGUCUUAUGACAGUGUUAUUGUAAUGCCGUCUUAUGGUAGUGACGUCUACAGAACUAUAAGUGUUACGUGACGUAUAAUUGAUUAUACAACACGGCAAAAAUGAGUGUCGAUGAAACAAAUAAUAUUGGAACUUCAACUGUUUCACCUCAAUCAAAGGGCCCUGUUGUGUUGCAUUAUGAACAACAAAACAUGACAAGACGAUCCACUCGUGCGGAAAUAAUGGCGUUGGGUGCAUCUACUGUGAUUGGAAAUGAUAGUACCACCCAUCAAGAACCGCAUCCUGGCCAGUGGACAUUGGUGAAGGACAUUAAUAUGGAGAGCAGGGAACCGCAAAAGGUAUGGAGGCAAACAACAAGAAAUGCGACACAACACCUUGCUGAAAUCCUGAAAAACUCUCUUCUUGAACAUCCCCAUCCAGAGUUGAGCCAGCAGGCGAUUGCAUGUUUAGAAGAAAUGAGGAGAAACUUUACUUGAUGUUGUAUAUAAUGAGUUACGAAAAUGACGAAGUAAAAGUUCUUCA